GACGAUUUUUUUGGCGGCGGGAGUCGUCACACCGACCGCUGCGUGUUAAAGUGCCCGAAGCUCACCGCUGAUCAACACCAUGACUGACACGAGCUUCGCCUUGAAACACCCCCUUGACCGCGCAUACUAUGGUAUGAUCCCAGCACAUCGUACACACACAUAAGAAAUGUCUCAAAUACUUAAGGAGCGUCUAACCUGUGCAGAGAGCGCUUAGCACAGCACAAGUAGAAGCGCCCAGCCAGCCUAAAUCCAGGAACACGGCUCACGCUACGAUGGCCACCAGAGAGACCGUACAGCUUGGCGAGGAGCACGCCCCGCAUCAAGCAUCUAUCGAUGCUAUCGAUUCCGUCCUGGAAACGGUGAAGGGGGAGCUGGUGAAGCUCCGUCGCGAUCAUGACAGACACGAACCAGAGUAUUUCCACGCCGUCAAACACGUUGCCGACUCCGACUUGACCUCAUUCACUGCCCGCGACCUCGAGUCUGUCUGCGUCGCGAUCUCGGCCUACGGCCUACACCUUUUCGGAAAGAUUAGAGUUCCAACAGUCGAUAACGGAUACAUACAUGUACGCGUAUUUGGCUCGCCAAAGGAUGGUACAGAUGGCAGCAGCGCGGACGAGCGCGAGUACAGCCUACAUAGCAUACACACCGAGGAGACUAUCAGGGAGAAUGGCGACAGAGUGUACAGGGCGAUAUUCGGACGCGGGGAUGCGCUGGAGUGGUUCGAUACGUAGAACAGGCUUGAACAAGCCUUGCGCUGGGCGAUAUCUAAGCAUAAAAACGUUGCCAGUCAUUAUGAGCACCUUCCUAGAACAGAUGUGCUGACGGGCUCUAGUAGCGACAGUGACCCACUGAGCUCUGGAGACCACUGAACUAGCUCGUGUUCUGCACGUCA